AGCGGUUUGUCGUUAAAGAGCUCAGUUAUUUUUCAUCUGCAACAUAAACGGCAGUACAAUUGCGAACAUCAAUAGCAGAUUAUCCGAGUAUAUAAGAAUCAUGGAUGGCAAAGAAACAUAUGAACAUUGGAACGAUAUUGAUUCCGGUGAGGAAAUCGUUAUUUCUGGCAUUGCUGGCAGAUUUCCUGAUUCAAAUAAUAUGAAACAUUUUAAAGAAAAUUUAUUUAAUAAAAUUGAUCUUGUAAGAGCAGAUCAUAACCGAUGGGAUACAGAUCAUACCGAAUUUUCACGACGUAUGGGAACAAUUAAUGAUAUAGAAAAAUUUGAUAUGGAUUUUUUUGGAUUAUCUCCUGAGCAAUCUCAUACGUUUGCGCCUGAAGUAAGAAUGUUAUUGGAACAUUCUUACGAAGCAAUUAUCGAUGCGGGGAUCAAUCCAAAACAAUUACAAGGAAAAAAUACUGCCGUAAUUAUAGGAAUAUCAAUUAGUGAAACAUUGCAAAAUUUGCUUUUUAAAAACACUCAGUCAAGCUGUCAAAGCGUUUUUGGAUGCCAAAAAUUUGCAACGGCAAAUAUGAUUUCGUACUGCUUGGAUCUGAAAGGACCAUCUUAUACCAUCGAUACAGCAUGCAGUUCUAGCCUUCAUGCUAUGGCUGUUGGAUAUGAUUAUAUCAAAUCAGGAAAAUGCGAAGACGCAAUAAUUGGAACAGCACAAUUAUGUCUUUUUUCCACAAUAAACCUGCUCUGCGCUCGACUUGGUGUUUUGUCACCCAAUGGUUAUUGCAGUCCAUUAGAUAUCGCUGCUAACGGUUUUGCACGAAGCGAAACGAUUGCAGCAGUAUACCUUCAAAAAGCGAAAAAUGCUAAGAGGAUUUAUGCCAUAUGUCCGCAUAUUAAACUAAAUAACGAUGGUUACAAAGAAGAAGGAAUAACACAUCCUUCAUCACAAAUGCUAUGUACCUUACUAAAGGAAUUUUACGAAGAAUGCAAAAUACCAACAUCUUGUUUGGAUUAUAUCGAAGCACAUGCUACCGGCACCAAAGCUGGUGAUCCACAGGAAGUUAAAGCUAUCUAUAACAGUUUGUGUAAAAAUAGAGAAACUCCAUUAAUGAUCGGUUCCGUGAAAUCUAAUCUCGGGCAUUCUGAAGCUGCAAGUGGUUUUAAUCAGAUCGCUAAGGUAAUAAUAGGAUUCGAAACUGGUUUUGUUCCACCAAAUAUCAAUUAUACAUCGCCAAGGAAAGAUAUAGAUGCCUUAUUAAAUGGGAGCGUUCGUGUCAUCCAAGAACAAAUGCCACUCAAAAACGAUGUAGAAUAUAUUCGUCUGUUACACGAUAUUCAUGCAGACAAUAUAAAGGGCCAUCCAUGGAGAGGGUAUAUAAUACUGAAUUCUUGCCAACAAAAUUCAAUAAAGGAAAUUCAAAAUUAUGAACGCGUCAACAGACCUGUCUGGUUUAUAUUUUCAGCCUUAGGUUCGCACUGGCCAGGAAUGGGUCGAAAUUUAUUAAAGUUCCAUGUCUUUGCAAAAACGAUAAAAAAGUGCAAUGAUGUUUUAAAGCCGUACGGUAUAAGUGUCAUAGACAUUAUAACAAAAAUGGAAGAAAAUAUAAGCGAAAGCAGGUUGAACAUUUUUCUUGGAAUCGUCGCCAUUCAGAUUGGCUUAGUAGAUCUCCUAACAUCUUUAGGAAUUACUCCUGAUUACAUGAUUAGUCACUCUGCCGGUGAACUUGGUUGUGCAUACGCAGAUAAGUGUCUCACUAUUGAACAAACUAUUUUAUCAGCAUACUUUAUUGGUUUGGCAUGUGCCGAAGAAAAAAUAAUUCAUAGCUCGAUGGCGGUUGUCAAUACCAAUUACGAGCAUCUUAAAAAUAUAUGUCCGGCGAAUAUUGAAAUAAUAUGCUACAAUAGUGAGAACAGCAGCGUCGUAUGUGGACCAAAGAAAUCUAUAGAAGAAUUUAUGAAAAAAUUGCAGGUCAACAAUAUUUACGUGAAGAAGAUCAACUGCAACAUACCGUUUCACAGUUCUUAUAUCGCAUCCGCGGAAAGUCAGCUUUUGCUUAGUCUGAACAAAAUAAUACCGUGUCCAAAAAAACGAAGUUCAAAGUGGAUCAGCACUUCUAUACCUCGCACCGAAUGGUUUACUUCAGCAUCAAAGUUAUCGUCAGCGGACUAUCACACACAAAGUAUAUUAAACACAGUCCUCUUUCCACAAACAACGGAACUAAUUCCAAGUAACGCUGUGGUAAUCGAAAUCGCACCGGACGAUGUUUUACAAUACGUUUUAACGGGCUCUUUAUAUCCAAAUGUUACAAACCUUGUAUUAACACGACGAACCGAGAAAAAUAUUAAUAUAAUUCUACAAGGAAUUGGGAAGCUCUAUAACUGUGGUUUACAACCACAAGUUGCCAAUUUAUACCCACCAGUAGAAUUUCCAGUUGGCCGAGGAACUCCUAUGAUUUCUCCAUCAAUCAGAUGGGAUCAUUCUGAAGAUUGGUUUAUAUCGAAAGACGAACAAGAAUUUAUAAAAUCGAGAGGAAGAUACGUCAAUAUUUUACUCGACGAUGAGGAUUAUGAAUAUAUGAGCGAUCGUAUAAUUGAUGGAAAAAAUUUGCUACCCGCGACAAGUUAUUUGGGACUCAUUUGGACAACUAUUGGCAUGAUGAAAGGAAAAAUGCACACAAUGCUACCGAUAGUUUUCGAAGAUGUAAAAUUUAUCCGUGCUAUUUAUUUGUCGAAAAAUGAUACUGUGCAACUAUAUAUUGCAAUACAAACAGAUGGAAAGUUUGAAAUAACGGAAGGAGAUAGCGUUGUUGUCACAGGUACAGUGUAUGAGACAUUGAAUCCAGAACAAGAAAUGAUUCCGACAGAUCUAUUACCAAAGACUAGUGAUGUUGAUGAAGAUAUGACUGCACGAGAUAUCUACAAAGAGUUGAAAUUGCGUGGAUACCAGUAUAGGGGUUUAUUUCGUGGAUUAAGGAGUAUCUCUGUUCUGGGAACCCAAGGACAUAUCGCUUGGAAAAAUAAUUGGGAAACAUUUAUGGACACGAUGUUACAAACGCUAAUUAUCGGAUAUGACACCAGGGAUUUGUAUGUUCCAACGAGUAUACAAAAAAUUGUCAUCAAUCCCGUGCUUCAUGCUUCGAAGCUGCGGGAAAGCAAAGAUAAUGCAAAAGUUACAACAGACAUGGAAAAUCUAUUACAGGUACAAGUGUACAAAGAGAUAGACACGAUAAAAGCUGGUGGUGUAGAGAUUCGAGGUCUGAAAGCUACUCAAAUCUCUCGUCGGCAAUUAGCUCAAGAUGCUGUUAUUGAGAAACAUACGUUUGUAGCUCACUGUGAUCGCGCUAAUAUUUCCUUGAACGAAGCAAUUCGGUUAUCUGCUCAACUCGUACUGGAAGAUCAUCAAAUUAUAAAAGUGCAAGCCGCUGAACUAGUAGAAGAUGUCGAUGAUGUUGAAUUAGAAUAUCUUUCAUCUUCGUUGCUACUCGAAGCAUUUCGUGAUAUACCACUGAUACAAGUGAAUGUCACUCUAUUAACAUCAUCAAAUCGUUUCAAGCCAGAAGACUUACCGCAAAACUUCUCAAUCAAAAAUUUUGAAAAAUCAUCUUUAGAUGACAAAACUUUAAUUAUUGCUGGAUUCAAUCUUUUGACCAAACAACAUACAUCGUUACAGCGACUGUUGCCAUUUUUAGGAAAGGGUGGUUAUCUGUUGACGCGUGAGAAGUGCGACUUAACUGAUUAUAAAAAACAUUUGGAGCAGUACGAAUUAAACGUUAUACUCGAAAAACGUACUGAUAAAGAACUAAUUGUGCUUCUAAAAAAAAAAGUAUCGAUAAGAGAAAGGACUGUUGUUUACAUAAGUAAUGAUAACUUUAAUUGGCUGGAGAAUCUAAAGUCGCUUUUGAGCGAUGAGAACAAGCUUAACAAAAAUAGUAGAAUUAUAAUUGUGGGAGAGAAAAAUUUUGAGUGCGGUUUAUUGGGUUUUAUUAACUGCUUGAGAAAAGAGCCAUGUGGCGAAUUUGUUAGGGGUGUGCUCCUUCAAGAUGAACAGGCACCUAAAUUCUCUCUUCAAGACCCCUUCUAUCAAGAACAAUUACAGAAAGAUAUGACCAUUAAUGUGUUGCGAUCUAAUAAAACUUGGGGAUCGUACAGACAUUUAAAAUUGCCGCGACCCGAAGCCGUACCUGUACCUACCGCUCAUGUCUGUCAAAGGGUUCGAGGAAAUUUAAGUACAUUCUAUUGGGUAGAAAAUAAUUUAUCUGUUGUGUCUUGUCGUGAGGAUUUAGUGCACGUUGUCUACUCAUCUUUGAAUUUUAGAGAUAUAAUGCUCGCCACUGGUAAAUUGACAAUUCCAAAUACGAGUUUAAAAGGACGAUUGUUUCAGUAUGUUCCUCUUGGAAUGGAAUUCGUGGGUUUCGAUGCUAACGGACAACGUAUAAUGGGAAUUCGUGACACUGAUUGCAUAGCAAACGUCAUUACGAAGGAUAAAAGUCUUUGUUGGAAGGUACCCGACGUGUGGACAUUUGAAGAAGCGGCAUCAGUCCCGUGUGUUUACAGCACGGUUUAUUUAUCCUUAUACAUUUAUGGAAAAAUGAAAAAGGGCGAUAAAAUACUUAUACAUUCUGGUACUGGAGGUAUUGGACAAGCAGCUAUUCAUCUCGCUCUUAAAGAAGGAUGCGAGGUGUUUACUACCGUCGGCACAAGUGACAAACGGAGCUUUCUUAAGAAAAUGUUUCCGAUCAUUCCGGAUGAUCAUAUUGGAAAUUCUCGAGAUACAAGUUUUGAACACAUGGUUAUACGCCAAACGAAAGGGCGCGGCGUCGAUAUUGUGCUAAAUUCAUUGGCGGAAGAAAAGUUAAUCGCGUCUGUUCGAUGUUUAGCUCAAAACGGUCGAUUCUUAGAGAUUGGAAAAUUUGAUCUUGUAUCUAAUAAUUCCCUGAAUAUGUCCGAGUUUAAUAAAGGAAUUAGCUUUCAAGGAAUUCUACUGGAUAAUAUGUUCACUGGUGAUCACAAAUAUAAAUUCCUAUUGUUCAAAAUGGUAGCCGAUGGUUUAAAAAAUGGAACAAUCAAACCAAUUCAAGCAAAAAUUUUUCCAAAAACUGAUAUUGAAGAAGCUUUCAGGUUUAUGGCCAGCGGGAAACACACAGGAAAGAUAAUUAUAAACAUUCAUGAAAAGGAUGAACCUUUAGAUAAGCACAUUCUUGCGUAUCGUCGCUAUUAUUGUCUCAAAGAUAGGAGUUACAUUAUACUAGGAGGCCUGGGCGGAUUUGGUUUAGAAUUAACAGACUGGCUUAUAUUUCGUGGUGCCAGAAACAUUGUUCUGAUUUCAAGAAAUGGAAUAAAAAACGGUUACCAACGUAUGAAAGUUCGAUUGUGGAAAUCGUAUGGCGUAAAUGUUCUGAUCAUCAAGAAUAUCGAUGUUGCUGACCUCAAAGAUUGCGAAUAUCUUUUAAGGACUGUAGAAAAAGAAGCUCCGGUGGACGCUAUAUUCAAUCUGGGUGUGGUACUGAGGGAUGGCGUCCUCAAAAAUCAAUCCGCACAAACAUUUUCAGAGUCCUUCCAAUCGAAAGCUCGUGCAACGCAAAUGCUGGACAAACUUUCUAGGAAAAUCUGUCUUAACCUUCGACAUUUUGUGGUGUUCUCUUCCGUUUCCUGCGGCAGAGGAUACAUUGGCCAGACGAAUUAUGGCAUGGCCAAUUCCAUUAUGGAGAGAAUUUGCGAGAAGAGAGUGGAAGAAGGAUUACCAGGAUUAGCGAUUCAAUGGGGAGCUGUGGGUGACGUAGGUCUUGUCGCUGAUAUGCAGGAAGAGGAUAAGGAAUUAAUCAUUGGUGGUACUUUACAGCAAAAGAUUUCCUGCUGUCUCGAUGAGCUUGAUAAGUUUUUACUUCAAAAUCGGCCGAUUGUGAGCAGCAUGGUCGUAGCUGAAAAAAAAAUUGGAUGUCAAGGAAAUCUGGUAGAAACAGUUGCUAAUAUUUUAGACAUAAGUGACAUAAAAGUUGUAAGUCCAAAUUCAUCUCUGGCCGAACUUGGAAUGGACUCCAUGAUGGCUGUAGAAGUCAAGCAAACUCUGGAACGAGAAUUUGAUAUAUUUGUCACAGCACAAGAGAUAAGAAAUCUUACUUUCGCAAAACUCAUUAAGAUGCCUAUUACAAGCAUCGGUGACGAUGACGUGGAUGAUGAUAAGAUAUUUGACAUAGAGAAGUCAGACGGUUUAAAACUUUUAGUUGGUAUUACAUUAAAAAAUGAAGACUUUGUUUCUCCAACAGAUUUUUCAACUAACAGACAGAACAGUACGACUGAAGUAUUUCUUAUACCGGGUAUUGACGGAUGUGGUCCUGUAUUUAAAACCGUAAUACCAUGUAUUAAAUUUUCAACAUCAGUUUUGCAUUAUACGACAAAUAACAUCAAUUCUACAAAUAUGAUAUUGGAAACGACUAAUCAACUCACAAACCAUAUACUUUCAAUACUGACAAAUGGAAAAGAUUUUGUAAUGGUAGGGUAUUCCUUCGGAUCUCUUAUCGCAAUUGAAGUAACAAGAAGAUUGGAAGCUAAGAAUUUUAAAGGUCGACUUGUUCUCAUCGACGGUGCUCCUGAGUUUUUACGAACAAUAAUCGAACCUUUUGAAAUUGAUUUUGAUGAUGCAAAUUUUCAGAUUGAUGUAUUAACUAAUAUUAUGGAAAUUUAUUCACCAGGAAGUUCUCAAAAGAUUUCAAUGGAAUUGAAAAAAUGUGAGAGCUUUAAUGAAAGAAUUAAUAUUUUCGCUGAACAGUUCUCAGUUAUAUAUACAUAUCUGUCACCUGCAAAUUUAAAGACGCUUAGUACAACGAUUUACAAACAUUUAUCCGCUCUUCGAGAAUAUGAUUCUUCUACUUUGCCUCCUAUUAAGUCUCCCAUAACAUUGCUAAAAUGUAUAUCUUCGUUUAAUAUGCCGAUCGGAGAGAAUUAUGGAUUGAACAAGGUAACUCAACGUGUAGUGAAAGUACAUUGUAUUGAAGGUAAUCAUGUGACAAUCAUGAAAAAUGAAAAAGUGGCGGCUGCAAUUAAUGGCGAAUUACCAUUUACAAUUUGA